AUGAGUUCAUCGAAAAAGAUCACCCUCGUUAUCAUUCUUGUUUCGUUUUAUAUGUUUUCAUGUGUUUCAUGCACUGAGUUUAAAGUUGGAGGAGAAGGGGGUUGGAUCGUACCACAAUCUAAGACUGAAGGAGAUAUGUUUAACCAUUGGGCUUCACACAACCGUUUCAAAGUUGGAGACACUGUCCGUUUCAACUACACAAAAGACUCAGUGUUAGUGGUGUCAAAAGAAGAGUACAAGAAAUGCAAGGCCACUAAACCGCAACUCUAUUCGAACAACGAAGACACGGUUUUCAAACUAGACCGUCCCGGUUUGUUUUACUUCAUUAGCGGUAUCUCUGGCCACUGCGAAAAGGGUCAGAAGAUGAUCAUUAAAGUCAUGGAGACAGAGUCUUCGCCAGACUCUCCUCCUCCUUCAUCACCUUCUUCUCCGUCGUCCUCUUCAUCUCUAUCUCCUCCGGCUUCGACUCAUAAGAAGAGCAGCGCGUUCAAAACCUCAGUCCAGUUCAGCUGUUCUGGCGUUGUUGUCUUUACUUUUCUUGUCGUUUCUGUUUUUGGUCUGGCUUAG